UAAAUAGCAUAUAAAAGAUUCCCCACUUGCAAGAAUCUCAAAAGUAGCAGACUUUAUAUUUCCUUCGUCAGUUGGCUCCUCUUAUUCUUCUUCUUCACCUUUUUCUGGGGCUAAAGUGCACAACAGAGAGUAACUAACAAUGGGAAGAGGAAAGUUUAAGGGAAAGCCAACUGGUCGACGCCAGUUCUCCACUCACGAGGAGAUGAUUGCAGGUACUUCUGCUCGUCCUCGCACAUUUAAGAAG